CAAAAACAUCUAGCUUAGUAGUGUAGACUUGCUGACUAUGACUAGUUUUCGAUAAUAACGUUAAGCUCCUCAGUCUGCAAGCUAGGAGAGCAGGUAAAAUAUUAAAAAUAUUAAAUAAUAUCGGAACAAAUGUAUACAAUGCUGUAACAUACAAUAUACUAUACCAAAUAUAUCGUGAACAUAAUGUUAAAUCCGUGCUUACCCCGAAGUGCACUUUUCAGACGGCUUCUGUUGAACACUGCUGCUUUUUCCCAAAAUGUAUCAGGCGCCAAAUCUCUUCGAUUUAUAUAUCUGACGUCAUUUUGAUGUGACGGUGAGCGGAGAGCAGGUCAUAGAGCAGAGGCGUGAGCAGCAUGUGCAAAUAUUUUCUCAUAUACAAAAUUGUACGACAUAAGUUGUUGUAAAAAAGUCUUGAAGGGAAUUCAUAUUUCUGGUUAGCAAAUAGGAGGCACAGGUGUAACCAAGCCCACAGACAAGCACCAAAACGAGCCUUACUAAAGACUACUGGAGUGAAUCAUGGCAGUGUGGCGGUGUAUGAUCUGUUUCGUUUUUGUUGCGUUAAGUAUAAAAUCGCUCCUCAGCCACAUAAAUGUCACGCAUAGCCGUAGUCAAGAUUUUUGGGUUCUGUGUGGAAUUGAUGGUUGUGAACAAGAUUUUAGAGUUUACAACUCAUUUUAUCGCCAUCUUAAACGAACACACCCUUUGUAUUUGGCGACCGGAUGCCCACCAAUGGCAUGGGGGACAACACCUACUUCAGCUGCACUUGGGUCAGAGAACUUUGGUGCAUCUAUUUUUUCUGAAGCCGCUACUCCUGCAAGAACGUACUUUGUGGAGGAACAGUCACACGGCAGUCAAAUUGAAACUUGUAUGGAAACUCCUCCUGAUUCCCAUUCUUGUAUUCAGGAAAAUAAUGGAGCUGGAACAUCUGUAACCGAACCGGAUAUUGGCAAGUCUGCGGCAGCUUUUGCAAUCAGUGUCCGGGAAGAAUGCCAUCUGUCACAGAGGACCGUCAACAGAGUCAUUGGAGGGGUGCAACAGUACCAAGCAACUCUCUUGGAUACAUUAAGGAUAAGAAUGAGAAGCGUUUUUGACAGACAUCCAGAGACAACCACUCAGCUUCAAAAUGAGGUUCUGAAUACUUUUGAUACUUUCGAAGAUCCUUUCUCAACCACAGCAUAUGGACAGAAUAGGACUAUUUGUGAACUCUUCAGUCCAGUCUGCCCAGAGGAAGUAGUUGUCUCUCAGAAGAUUUGUUUGGUUAAGCAAGGUAGUUCAAAGGUUAUGGCCAUAAGAAACAAAAGUUUUUACUAUGUACCACUAAUUGAAAGUCUAAAGCAGCUACUGACCAAUUCCAGAAUUUUCUCCAUGUUGAACACUGUACCACAGAGAAGCAGAGAGGGAUUCUUGUAUGACUUUUCAGAUGGGUCUCUUUUUACAUCUCAUCCUUUAUAUUCUGUGAGGCCUAAUGCUUUGCAGAUCAUUUUGUACUCAGACGAGAUUGAAAUAUGUAACCCUUUAGGGCCCCAUACUUCUUCAAAUAAGUUGUUAAUGGUUUACUACAGUUUAGGUAAUAUUGAUCCAAAAUUUAGGUCCAAGUUAGCAGCAAUACAACUCCUUGCUAUUGCAAAAUCUGUUGAUGUUUCUAAAUGGGGUAUAGAUGUUAUUUUACAAAGAAUUAUAAAAGAUCUUAUUCUGCUUUAUAACGGUGUCAAGGUUGAAACACCACAUGGUGAAAUGGACUUGUUUGGAGCUGUGAUAGCAGUAUGUGGAGAUACACUUGCUCAACAUGAGCUUGCUGGCUUUAAAGAAGGGGUUGGCUUUGCCUAUAGCAAGUGCAGACACUGUGAAUGCACCUUUGAGGAUAUGCAAAUAUAUUUUGAUGAGAAUAAUUUUGUCAGAAGAACACUAGAAAGGCAUAUUAGGCAAUGUCUUGAAAUAGACAAGGCAAGCACAGAUACUUUAAAGUCCUCCCUCAAAACUACUUACGGAAUUAAUAGAAAAAGCAGACUUAUUGAUGUUCCUGCAUUUGACCUAAUCAGGCAAACUCCACAGGACAUAAUGCAUGUCAUUUUUGAAGGUGUUGCACCAAUGGAAAUGAAGCUUGUGUUAAAACGUCUUAUACUGUCAGGUAAUCUAGAAUUAGAUGUGUUCAAUUCAGCCAUUCAGAAUUUUCCUUACUCGCCUCUUGAUAUACGUGAUAAACCUUGCCCUGUUAGUGUCAGCACUUUGACAGCAAGUGACAACAAAUUGAAACAAUCAUGUGGGCAAAUGUUAAUACUGUUAAAAGUAUUACCUUUUAUUCUGUAUGACUUGGACGAUGAGUAUGUUACAUUUAUUGUUAAGCUGAUUGAAAUUGUACAGAUUGUUCUUGCUCCUAUUAUUUCUUUACAGACAGUAAUACGGCUUAAACUUAUGAUUGAAGAACACCUUAGUCAGUUCAAACAUUUAUUUCCCGAAACUAAUGUAAUACCCAAGCAACAUUACAUGUUGCAUUUGCCCAGUCAAAUUCAAUCCCUGGGUCCUUUAAUAAGAACUAUGUGCAUGCGGUUUGAGGCCAAGCACAGUUAUUUCAAACAGUGGGCUCCAAAGUUGAAUUUUAAAAAUGUGUGUAAGUCACUUGCCAAACAUAAUCAAUUUCUUGAAUGUUGUCAACAUGAAAUUGGCAUUGAACAUCCCAUUUUUGCAACCGAGAGAGAAUUGGGGCCUGUUACUGAUAUUUCAAAUACUGAUUAUGUUAAGGCAAAAUUUAGAGAUUUUUUUAAUAUGGACAUCAGUCAAUCUGUUGUCUCUGUGAAGUGGCUAAUUCUCAAUGGAAAUAAAUACAUCAGUGGGAAGUCUCUGAUUAUUGCAGAUGUGAAUGAUACUUUGCCUGUGUUUGGACUGGUGAAAGACAUCUUUUUAGUAGAUUCUUCUUUUGUUGCUUUUGAGUAUCAGCAUUAUGAAACAUUGCAUUUUGAUAACAAUUUGUUGGCAUAUGAAAUUGCAGUUCCUGCUAUUGCCCAGGCGACAGAAUUGGUGCAUGAGCUUUUAGAUCACACCUCAUAUUUUCCAGUAAAUUUUAAGGAUAGUGUGUUUGUGCCAAUAAAAUAUACUCUCUGUGAUGUCCUUGUACAUAGGAACGGCCCUGGGGAUGUAUAAUGAACUCUGGGUGAGAUGUCCUCAUACUGUACAUUAGUUUGCUGUAGCUAGGUCAGUAUUGGCCAGUUGUAGGCUGUUUGUUUUGCUGAUCCAAUUCCACUGUUGAAAAGUGGUCAAAGCCAAUCUUUUGUUGGUUUGCUUACUUUGUUCUUCUAAUUUUAAUUAUGAAUUCCAUUUACCAAUAAAAAAUGUUUUUACAAA